UGUAUGAAAAUGGGCACCAUCACAGAGAUCACGAAAAUGGUUAUCACAACCACAGUAGCAAGUCUUCAGGCCAUAGUGGGAGAAGUAGCUAUAAAAGAAAACACAAGACAUAUCACAGUGCCUCACAUCAUCAUUCACAAAUGGUAUGAGUAAUUUUUUAAACUUUUUUAUUUUAUUUUUUAUUUUAUUUAUUUAUUUUAUUUUUUUGGGAAAAUAACUUCUCAUCUGAGCAGUGGCAGUCAAGUGUGUGAGUUCGGGAAGGUCUUAUUUCUGAUAUUGAUAGUAGAUUAUUUUUUCUGUUACUUUUUUUUUUCCCCCUUGGAUGAGAAGUUUCUGUAUCACACAGAGAUACUCGCUAAACCCUAGAGCAUAUAAUUGUUUAUCAGAUAGAUUUCCACUGAUGAAUGAGUAAUAACCACUGACUGACUAAUUACCUUUAUUUAAUAAUUACCUGAAACAUAGGUAUUGCCCCUCAUAUAUCUUAAGUCUUCAUUCGUCAGGAAAGGUACAUAUUUCCAUCUUGCUCAAAAUCCAAACCAUUUAUGUGCAAGCUAUUACUUAAAUUUACUUUUGUUAAACUUAGAAACUUCAAUGAUUUUGAAAUAACAAGGCGAGGCAUAUAUGCAGUUUUUUUUUUUUUUUUUUUUUUUGCAACUGUUAAUUAACAAAAUGUCUGAUAAACAAGUGCAUUAUGGUUUUGAGUAUCCGACAUGCAUGCUGCCUAUCCACUGGCAGGGCAUGCUGUCUGAUCUCUUAAUGUAGUUGUGCUUAACUUCAAUUGACAGAACAGUUGAAGACAAUAUGGUUUAUAUACCAGUGGUUCUCAAACUUUUGUACUGGUGACCCCCUUCACAUAGCAAGCCUCUGAGUGUGACCCCCCUCCACCCCCAAAAUAUAUAAAAAUGUGUUGUUAAUUUAUAACACCAUUAUAAAUGCUGGAGGAAAAAGCGGGGUUUGGGGUGGAGAUUUACAGCUCGUGCUCUCCCUCCCCCAUGUAGUAACCUCGCGACCCCCAGUUUGAGAACCCCUGGUUUAUACUUUUGAUAACCCUUUAACUGAAGCCGCCUGGAGUAGAUUUAUCUUUUUGUGACUUUUUUAUUUAUUCUGAACUAUUACUCAAAACGAAUGUUUAAUUCAGAUGAAUACUUUAAACUCAGAUUUGUUUAACUUGGGUAUCCUAAUUUGGCCACAAGGCUAUUUUAUAUAGACAAGUAAAUAUUAAAUCCUGCUGUUUUACAGCAUUAGACUUGCAAAUAAGGACACUGCAAUCCUAAAAUAAAUUUCAGUGCUUCAAGUGAACCAUUUUUUUUUAAAAGAAAAAACAAAUGUGUUGUAAUUUUUUGUUGCCUUGCCACUUUGAGUAUCUUAUCUGAAAAUCUGUUCCUUGCCAUGUUUUUCUCCUGUAACAUAAACUAUGUGCCCUGUGAAUUUCUGGGGACUGAAUUUGAAAUUGCUCCUGCCAACCGUUUGUGGCCUGGCGCGUAUCUGAAUGCCUGAAUAUCUCCCCGCUGAAUGAAUUUCGUAUUCUGCCCUGAAUUCACUCGGGUAUAUUGAUUGGCUGGACGAUCUUGGUGCCGCCCACAUGCCGUUUCCAGAAGAGUCACCGAAGGAAAAGAUCCAGGAGUGUAGAGGAUGAUGAGGAGGGUCACCUGAUCUGUCAGAGUGGAGACGUACUAAGUGCAAGAUGUAUAGAAUAUUUUUCAAAAUUUAUUAACUUUUCAGAUAGAAUAAUUUCUUUUAGAAUAAGAUGUCAGGGGCUUUGGAAGUCUUUUCUUUCUUUCUUGAUUUUUUUAUUUUUAUUUUUAUUUUUUUUACUUUUGUGGGGGGGUUGUUUUUCUUUCUCUAGAAAUUAAACAUUGAUAUUCAUUUUCCAAAAUAGUAAAUGAAGUUAAUGAAAUUUGGAAUGACAUAACUAUAACUGUUUUGAUGAGUUCAAUAAAAUAAAUAUUCUAGCUUAGAGAUGUUUAGUUACACUUUUAUAGAGGCACAGCCUAGAUUAAUCUGCAUUGAUAGAAUUUAGUUUUGUGAAUAACUAAUUAGAAUAUCACUACUUGUUUGAUUGAGAUUUUUUUCUCUUUUAGAUGAAAUUAUUGCUACUCUGGGCGAAGGUGCUUUUGGAAAAGUAGUGGAGUGCAUAGAUCACAAAGCGGAAGGUAGACACGUAGCAGUGAAAAUAGUAAAAAAUGUUGAUAGAUAUUGUGAAGCAGCUCGUUCAGAAAUACAGGUAUUGGAGCAUUUAAAUGCAUCAGAUCCCAAGAGCACAUUGUAAGUAUAGAAUUAGAAUGGAAGAUAUUUUGGUUUUAGGAUUUCUUCAUUCCUUUGACUCUUCUAAAAUUCCUCUGACUUUUCUUAAACCAUAAUUGUAAUAUUAAAAUUAAGUACUAAGAUUGACAUUGUACUCCCUAAAUAAUCCAAUAACCUUAUUCUGUUAAUUCCUUCCUUUGUCUCCAAUGCUUAUCUUCCCCAGUGUCCUAUCUCAUUAUUAAUCUAGAUUUUAAACCCUUGGGCGUAGGGGACUGUAUUUUUACUUGCUAUUUAAUUAUGUACACUUCUGGCCCUCCACAAAAUUAUUUCUGUUUGUGUUUGAGUAGCAGCUGUGUUAGUCUGUAUCCGUAAAAAGAAAAGGAGUACUUGUGGCACCUUAGAGACUAACAUUUAUUUGAGCAUAAGCUUUCGUGAGCUACAGCUCACUUCAUCGGAUGCACAAAAUCUCUGUCACCAUGUCUGUCAGAUCUCUCGGACACCACCAUGCUGGAGGGCCUUAGGCAGCUUGCACAGUGCGCACUCUCCUCCACCUUUCCUUGAAAGGCUUUUUUUAAACUUUUGAUUUCAAAUCUCCCAUCAUGGUAAAACGGCUAUGUCAGGGGUUCUCAAACUUUUUCUUUCUGAGCCAGCUGUGUGCGCCCCUCCCCCCCCAGCAUGCUAUAAAAACUCCACCGCCUACAACUAUUGUUCUUUCUGCAUAUAAGAGCCAGGGCCAGCAUUAUAGGGUAGCAAGCAGGGCAGUUCCCAGGGGACCCUGCAAAGCUAAGUUGCUCAGGCUUCAGCCCUGGGUGGCAGGGGUUUAGGUCACCAGUCUUCAGCCCCAUGUGGUGGGGCUUAGGCUUUCAGCCUUUGUCCCCAACAAGUCUAAUGCCAGCCCUGUUUGGCUGCACCCCCAACCCCAGGAGGUCCCGGACCGCUGGUUGAGAAUCACUGGGCUGUGUCACUUUGAAGUGGAGCUUGGAAGCGUGCAGUUGGCUUGUGGUUGUCCCUGAUGUCUGCUGGGAGAUUGCUUAUCUGGAAUUGUUGUGUUGCCUUCCCUUUAAUUCUUCUAGCUCCCAGUUAAGAUAGAACAAUACAUUCAAACAGGAAAAUCUUACUCUAUACUGGGAUAAUAACUGCAUACUCUCUGUUCAGGUCAAGUACUGAUAUGUGUGCUGAUACGGCCAUUUUAUGUAAACAUGAUGUAAUAUAUCUGCUGUAUUACAGUACAUUUUAUUGGGUUUUUUGUUUACAGUCGCUGUGUACAGAUGUUGGAAUGGUUUGAACAUCACGGCCAUGUUUGCAUUGUUUUUGAACUACUGGGACUUAGUACCUACGACUUUAUUAAAGAGAACAGUUUUUUGCCAUUUCGGCUUGACCACAUUAGGAAGAUGGCAUAUCAGAUUUGCAGAUCUGUAAACUUUUUACACUUGAACAAAUUGACUCAUACAGAUCUGAAGCCUGAAAAUAUUUUAUUUGUGAAGUCUGACUAUGUAGAAGAGUAUAACCCCAAACUGAAACGUGAUGAACGCACACUAAAAAAUCCAGACAUCAAAAUUGUGGACUUUGGAAGUGCAACGUAUGAUGACGAACAUCACAGUACUCUGGUGUCUACAAGACAUUACAGAGCUCCUGAAGUUAUUUUAGCCCUGGGAUGGUCACAACCUUGUGAUGUUUGGAGCAUAGGCUGUAUUCUCAUAGAGUAUUACCUUGGAUUCACAGUAUUUCCGACACAUGAUAGUAAAGAGCAUUUGGCAAUGAUGGAGAGAAUACUGGGGCCUUUACCAAUUCACAUGAUAGAGAAGACCAGGAAGCGCAAGUAUUUCCACCAUAACCAAUUGGACUGGGAUGAACAUAGUUCCGCAGGUAGAUACGUUUCAAGACGCUGUAAACCACUCAAGGAGUUCAUGCUUUGUCAAGAUUUGGACCAUGAGAAUCUGUUUGACCUCAUUCAAAAAAUGUUGGAGUAUGACCCACUCAAGAGAAUUACUCUUGAUAAGGCCUUGACCCAUCCUUUCUUUUCUGCCCUAAAGCAGGAAAAUAAGUAAAAUCUAUACUUGGUUCUUCAGAGCAGAUUAUAGACUGUGUCAGUCAACAAAACAAACUAAGAUUUAUUUAUUUUGUACAGUUAGCUUUGUAAAUGUCCUGUUUGUAUCAUGACUGUUUCUUAUUUGACCACUUAAGUUUAUUGAAAUAAAGCAGCUUGAAAUGGC